GGACGGUUUUCUCGUCGGUACUGGAUGUCAAGAUGGCUCACUACAAGUCUGGGACACUCGCAGGCCUCUGGUGAAUACGGCCCACUGUCUUCGAGGUGCACAUCCCCCCGGAACCGAUACGACCAGUCUCUGUUGGUCGUGGGAUGCACGCUCUAUGGCCACACGUGCGACCGACGAUACCCUCCGUCUGUGGGACAUUCGAAAUCUCCGUAAUGGCGCCGUGCAUACUGUGAGGGACCUACCCGUAUUAUUCGAUCAGACUUCAGUCUGUUUCAGCCCCAACGAUAGUUUGCUUGUGGCGGGAGUGUCGGCCCCUAAAGGAGAUCCGAGCGGCGGGCAGGUUAUAGUAUACCGACGAGACACCUUUGAGCCUAUACUGAAACACACUCCGGCGCAAGGCAGUGCUAUUCGUGUCCUCUGGCAUCCCCGGAUCAAUCAGAUUGUGGCUACCUUCUCCACCGGCGUUGCCACUGUACACUUUGAUCCAACUCGCAGCCGCAACGGCGCCCUUAUGUGCGCUUAUAGACAGGCGUCCGAUGCCAGCCGCCGCCGACGUCAAGGCCACGGUUCCUCCGAAGCCUUCAUAAAGCCCGUCCUACUUACCUUCGAUGAGGAGUCCGUACGAAUUGCUCGAAAGAUGCGGAAACGUUUCGGCAAUCUGGAAGACGAGACUCAACUGGCUGUUGCUGCUGUAAUCACUGCCAGUGAGAGAGACCAGGUGGCUGCAAAUGAGGCAGCCAAUAAGGCUGCCCGGAAAAGGGCGCCGCCAGCAGGCGAAGACGUAGGCCAACGCGUGGGCAGUCUUCACCGAUACAUGGUACAACAGAUCGUCCUUAAGAAGAACGAAGCUGACGAACUUGCCGAACGUGAUAUCCGUGGAGCUAUCCUGCGCCAUGCAGAUGCUGCGAAGAAAGAUCCCUUCUGGACGAAAGCUUACUUAAGGACGCAACCGAAUCCCAUCUUCCAGAAGGAGAAAACGGAAGAUGAAGGUCCAUCGGGAUCAAAGAAACCCAAGCCACCGCCAGUUUGA